AUGAGCCUCUCGACCACGCCCGUCCCGUGGGAGGAGCCCAAGCAGGACCCGGUCUUUCAGCAGCUCAAGGAGGUCUGCGCCUGGCUGGUCGCCCGCGUGCCUGCCACCUACAAGGGCACAAUCGGCGAGCUCUCGACAGCUCUGCGCUUCCACUGGCGAGAGUUCGUCUCGUUCGAGCGGCUCGCCGUCUACGAGCGUGUGCUCGCCGCCUGGGUGCAGCUCGUCGAGCAUGGCGAGCUCGACGACGAUGAGUGGCAAGCGCUCUACUACUCAAAGCUCUCUCUCGAGGUCGGCAAGACGCAGCGCGACCAGCGGGCGGCGAGUCACGCCUUUUUCUGCGCCCUCACAAGGGAAAAGCGCCUCGCCGAGCUCAGAGGAGGCGUCCACCAAGUCGCCGUCGCCUUCUACCCUGGCGACCCGUACGCGCAGCAGAGCUGGGAGCACUCGUUCUUCGCCAACGGGCGUGUGACGGACACCAAGAUUCGUCGCCUCGCCGGCGCGUUCCACCAGGAGGUCAUCGACGAGCUCACCAAGGCGCCGGCCAAGCUGCCUGCUCGUCGCCUCGCCUGCGAGGCUUCGGGCUUUCCUCCCACCGCCGACGGCCUCUUCCUCUACGCCCACGACGCCCUCUCCGAGCCCUCGUCGCGUUUUGCGCGGUUCCGCUACUUCGUCAACGCCCUCGUCGUCGUCUAUCGCGCAGCACCCCGGCACCUUCACCUGGCUCACGACGGGCGCGCCGUCGCGAACCUCGAGCAUGUCCGUGACCCGCUCGCUCGCGAUCAGCAGGCGCAGGCGUUCGCCGCCUUGCCGCUCGAGCUGGAGGUGUCGGCGGUCGACCAUGCGCGGGACCUCGUGUUCGACGCCUGCCAGAGGGUGCAAAGCGGCCGGUACCUGCUCGACUCGAAGCGCGUGGUCGGUCUCCUCGAAGCGGCGUUCCUGGCCCACGAGGCCGCCGUCGCUGCUCCCGCCGACCUCGUCUCGACUCAGGCGUACCCUUUCGCCAACGACGCGCACCGCCACGAGAUCGUGACAGCGUUUGCGGGGGACGUGCGCUCGCAAGCGCCGCGGUCGCUCGGCAGGGAGAGGUCGAGCCGGUUCUUUCCGGUGGCGAGGGUCGCGCGGUGGUAG